AUGGGUCAACGACAAUCCUCUGGCAGCGCUGCCCAAGAUCAGGCUCCAGCCAAAGCCGACUAUUACGAUCUCCUCGGCGUCGAAAGAACUGCGACCGACGAUGAAAUCAAGAAGGCAUACCGUCGCAGGGCCCUCGAGUUACAUCCUGACCGAAACUAUGGCAACGUCGAAGAGACUACGAGACUUUUCGCCGAGAUCCAGUCUGCCUACGAAGUCCUCUCCGAUCCGCAAGAGCGUGCUUGGUAUGACUCUCACAAAGAUAUCCUCCUACGCGGAGACCAGGCAGCUGGUCCAGGCGCAGAUGAGUUCUUCUACAACAUUCGGAUGACAACAACGGAGGAAGUGUUGAAAUUGAUGAUGAAGUUCAAUGGUCGAUUGGAAUAUAGUAAUGCCCCUAGUGGAUUCUAUGGUGGACUGAACGACUUCUUCAAGCAGCUUGCGAAAGAGGAGGACGUUGCCUGUCAAUGGGGGAAUGAAGAUUCAGUGGACUAUCCCGAGUUUGGGUUUAAGGACGACGAUUAUGAGGAUGUUGUCCGCCCUUUCUAUGCCGCGUGGAACGGGUUUGCCACCAAGAAGAGCUACUCUUGGAAAGACCAAUACAGGUUAUCGGAUGCGCCGGAUAGGAGGGUAAGACGACUGAUGGAGAAAGAGAACAAGAAAAUCCGGGACGAAGCUAUACAGGAAUACAAUGAAGCAAUCCGCUCUCUGGUCGCUUUUGUCCGAAAACGUGACCCUCGCGUUCAAAACAACCAGAAGUCCGAGGCUGAACGGCAAAAGGCCCUUCGAGAUGCUACCGCGGCACAAUCGGCACGAUCAAGAGCAGCACAACAGGCGAAAUUUGAGGCCACCGGUGCUGAGGCAAUAGCCGAAUGGGCCAAGUCAAGGGCGAAAGAUGAACACGAAGGGGGGUUCUCAAGCGAGUCCGAGAUUGAGGAACACGAAUAUGACUGUGUGGUCUGCGACAAGACUUUUAAGAGCGAGGCUCAAUUCAAGGCUCACGAGAAGAGCAAAAAGCAUAUCAAGCUGUUAAAGCAACUGCAAAAGGAAAUGCGCAAGGAAGGCGUAGAGUUGGAUCUGGAGAAUGAGCAUAGAGCCUCAGAGCACGAGCAUGUGGUCACUGAUGGAGACGAAGUCCACGUUGAGCGGGCUCACUCCCCCCCUGGCAAGACCGAUGCUCCUGAAGACAAGACAGAUAACGCAGAGGUACAGCUGCAAGCAGAUGGAACAGCAGAAGCGGAGGAAGGCCAUGAGACAUCCGAGGCUUCAGAGGAUGAUGACUAUGCUCCCAGAUCGGACAUUGAGCGACGCCUAGGAGAAGAGCCCAUGGAGAAAAUCUCUGGAGCAUUUGACGAUAUCAGUCUGUCAGGCACUCCUCUGACGUCCGACCCUGAGGCGACAGCACUGCCAAAAAUCGGCAAAGCGAAGCAGAAAAAAGCAAGGAGGGCUGCGCAGAAUGCAGCUGAGCAAUCUGACAAGGCUGCGGCAGAGUUUCAGUGUGUUGUGUGCAAGGCCGAGUUUCCAUCCAAGACGCGGUUAUUCAACCACAUCAAGGAGAAAAACCAUGCCGCGCCGAUUGCCCAGGUAAAAGGAGUCAAGGGGGGACAGGGAAAGAAGAGAUGA